GGUUGAAGGGGGUGACGGAGACAAAGAAGACAAACACACACACACAGGAGAGAGAAGGAGAAAGAGAGAAACGGGAGAUUUUCUGUACACCGUGGAUCUUUUUCCUCCAGAAACAUUCUUUCGAUCGCACUUGGACUGUUGCUAAAGGAAAGUAGUUGGACUUGGCGCUUGUAUGUUAAUCCAAGUUCCCAUGGGUGUGAGCUUGAGACAAUUGUGUGAGAGCACCUGUUUGUCUGAUUGAGCGAGAGUUUAGGGUUAGGGUGUAAACGCGUAUUUAUGGGAUGGCAAGGGUUUCUGGAGGUACCAAAAGGUCUUAGCUCUGUGCCAUGGGGGGUUGUCAUAGUUACCCCUCUGCUGCGGAGACAGACACCACGACCCUUCACCUCUCUGACAUCACUGAUGAUAAACUGGGUAUAAACAAUAACAACCUGGAAGAGCGUCCAUAUCUUCAGCCUGAGAAUGUGCGUGAGCGCAUCACAGACACAAACAUGUCCAGCUUCACAACCCUGCCCCCUGGGCUCGACCACACGGAGUGGCUGGCUACCAACACAGUAGCAUUCUUUCAGAACACCAACCUGCUCUCCAGCGCUCUCUCUGAGUUCUGCACCACAGCUUCCUGUCCUACGGCCUGUGGACCGGGCAACACGGUGUACGUCUGGACAGAUGACCAAGGGAAGAAGCUCAAGUGCUCUGCUCCUCUUUACUUUGACUACGCCAUGUCAUACAUUCAGGAGCUACUGGCGGAUGAAGAUGUGUUCCCUACUAAAGCAGGUUCGGUGUUCCCUGCAGGUUUUGUCUUCCUGGUCCAGAAGGUGUUUCUGCUGUUGUUCAGGUCUCUGGCCCACAUCUACUGGUCCCACUACAGGGAGACUCUGGCCUUAGGCCUGCACCCUCACCUCAACACCUUGUUCACACACCUCAUACACUUCACCCUGCAGCAUCGACUACUGGACCCUGAGCACACGGAUACUCUAAGGGACCUGAUCUCUGCUCUGGGACAGAACAGCUAGACCCAACCCCAACAGACACGCUUUCCCGAUCUUAUUUACUCCUUUUUACUCUGCACGUGUUUUGAUAUAACUGUCAUGGUAUAACUGUGUGGUUGAUCUAGUACGACAUCCGUACGUCGAAUACCACAUCCAUGGUACGGAUAAUGGACCAAAGCAACAAUGAGAAUCUUAAGGUAGUUUGGAAUAAUACGUCUGCGUGUGUGUCCACAUUCAAAUGCUUUUUCUUGUCGAUGCACGCAUGCGCCUCUAUGAGCUCUAUGCAGCUCUCGUUCGUUUGUUUGGGCUGCUGUACCGACUGGCUGGUGAGCUGGACUGUAAAUAUUGUGUCGAAGCAUCUUCAGCACCAUCUGUACCAAGGUCUUAUAAUCCUGUGGUGUUAGAGAUCACAGCUUGCAUCUUUUCAGAUACUCUUUGGUGAUUAUAUUUAUUUAUAUUGUCUAAUACACAGGCAAUGGUACUCAAAUUAAUGUACUACAUUCUAAUAUCAAGAGUCUCUAUAGUAUACCCCUUUUUCCCAUUUUUACGUCAUACUGUUUAUUUACCCGUUAUCACAGAUAUGAACCUUAAUAUGAUUGGAUGGUUUGGAAAAAUAUUAUUUAUUUUGAGCAGUUAGUAUCCAUAGACCCAGACAAGUUUUGUUACAAUGUGUAUUGAUAUACCGGUACUACUGCACUAUACAACAGCAUAUUACAGAUCAGUCUCUCUACAA